AGCAUGGCCGGCUCGCAAAUGAGAGCGCCUGUGCUUAUAACGAGCUUUAUUAUUCUGAUGGUUUCUCUGACGGGUGCUAAAGGAUCCAGCAUGAAGCAGUCCAGCCACUGCAGGGCUGUUUGUACUGACGGUGGCAAGAAUGACUGCAUAACUCUGAACCAGGACAAAGUGGAUUUAAAAACAGCUAAAGACAACUGCCAGGCCUUCAAAGGAGAACUUCUGGAGUUUCAGUCUAAGACUGAUAAGAGCUUGUUUGACAUUUUGAGUCGGGGACUGUUUGGAAACUACUGGAUCGGGCUGCAUUUACCUGCUGGCGCCUGCAGCAACCUCUCAGCUCCACUGAGAGGCUAUAAGUGGGUAUCUGGUGAGAAGGGCAGCAGCUUUAUUCCAUCCUGGGAUAAAAGCGCUGAACUCUGCUCUCCACAUUGUGUAUCACUUACAGGUGAUCAAAAGUGGACAGAGCAACUGUGUUCGGAUAUUAUUGAUGGGUUUCUGUGCAAAACUAAGCUUGAGGACGCAUGCCGGGGACAAGAGGUGUCACACCCAACAGUUUUUCAGAGUUCUAAAGACUGUUCAAGCGGUCCUUGUGAGCAUGACUGCAAGAAAGUACAGGGAGGUUACACGUGCUCUUGUUUUCAUCAAUACAUCCCAGACAGCAAAAACCCCAAGAUGUGCAAACUGCACUGUGCACAGCAGAGAUGCCCUGCUAUAAAUGACAUGGGCUACUAUCUCUGUCCUGACGGCUUUCUAAAGGUCGAGUCAGAAGAAGGCAACUUUUGUGAGGACGUUGAUGAAUGUGACAUGAGGCCUGACAUUAACUGUAACUGUAAGAACACUUACGGGAGUUUUGAGUGCUCUUGUAGGGAAGGAUUUGUUCUUAAAGAUCAAGUCAAAUGCAUCAAAUUUAAGGACAGUGAAGAUCUGGUCAGCACCACUCUUGCUGUUGUAGCAUUUGUUAAACCGCCCACCCAAAACAACACGCUGAAGGCGUCCUCUGCUCCUGCGGCCCGCUUUCUGUGGCUUUGGAUCGUGGCUGCUGUGGCUGUUAUUGCUUCUGUUUUCACGAUCUGGUUUUAUGUAGUUAAGCGUCGGCGGCAAAGAGAAAGCUCUAAUCAACAGUCUUCUGUUAAUGUUCCUGUGGGCAACAUUGAGUGUUAACUAUGGUUAGAAGUGACUGGUUCCUCUGACUCUUCACAGUUUACAGUAGACUGGACCAAAAAAAGGUAUCAUCCAAUCAUCUAAUCAUGAUGUUGACCUGUUCUCGUAUCAACCUCAGCUCAUACACACGUUUCCAAAUGUGUGGUGGAGUGUUAGGCAGCUCCUGCCAUGAAAACUGGGCCUAUUUAGUGAUUUAAUGGUGGACUCAGGAACACGAACCAUCUCCUUCAAGCAUUUAUUUGACAUUUCUUUUUUAACUCAGUGGGCAUUCAUCAUGUAGAUCUUAGAUUUUGACGGUGAAUAUUCAGGCAUGGCUCACAUCGCUGAAAAGCUCUAAAUGUUUGAGUCAAAGUAGCUCUGACUCAAAGCUCCGGUUACUGACGGGCCACCGGGUCUGCUAACUCUCAGCUCCAGCCAGGUUUCCUUUAAUAUUAGCCUCAAGAUUCACUAAUGUGAAUACGUCAGCCUACUGUGGCUGAUGUAUGCUGUAUGAAUUAUGCUCAAAUUUGUGUGUUUUUAGUCUAAAAGGAUGUGCUUGUUCAUAUUUGUGAAUUUGAUGAAGAGCCUUAUUUAUACAUAAAUGCAGGUAUUUGCAUUUUUCAUACUGUGGGAAACACGAAAGCUGAGAGUUCAUUUUUGUACAUGAAAAAUCUUAACAGUUAUCGU